UGCCGCACGCGCCCCACGCAGCCUGCAGCAUCAGCAGUCCGGCAGAAAAUGGCGAUCUGGUCCGUGAGACGCACGGGCUACAAGGUAGGGGUCGCUGUGCUGAGCUUUGGUGCGCUUGUCUACGUCACUGGCUUCUUGUCGCCGCUGUGGGUCGAUACGUCACAUGGAGACACCACCUUCAGUCAGGGGCUGUGGCUGGAGUGUGCGUUCGCCCAAGUUGCCUCCCAGUGCUCCAGCUUGGGCUUGUCCGCCAAGUACGUGCCAGGCUGGCUGAAAGCUGUGCAGGCCUUGCAGUGUAUCGGCUGUAUCGCGAUGCUGGGCGCCCUGGCGUAUCACGUGGUCAUCGACUGCUGUAUGACUGCACCUCCUGAGAAACGCGUGGGUGAGGCCAUUGCAAUCUUGGGAGCCAGCAUUGCUUUCAUCGGUGCGAUGUUGUACGUGGACCGCACGCGACCAUACGUCAGCCAGUUCUACUCCUGGGCUUUCGCCCUCGAUGUCGCUGGUUGUCUGCUGGUCAUCCUCGGCGCCAUCUUAAUCCUGAAGAACAACGCUCUGAUUCCAGACCCGACCUUACCCCCAAAUGCCAUCACUCUUUCCCAGCUGUACGAUCAUGGUCAGCCCAUCAGGUGCGAGGAGGAGCGAGUCCAACACACCAGUCUCCUCCAGUCCCCCCUUGCUCGUCAUCACCCACUCCCUUCAUCGCCCUCGCAUCCGGGGGGACCUGGAGGUCAUCCUGCAGGAUGUGUGGCAUUAAAAGUCGAGAAAGUCUCAAUUCCAAGGAAGACAACUCCAGGACUUACCUCCCCAUCCCACGUGCACAGAUCACCUCCCUCCUCGUGAUGUAUGAUCAAGAAGAUGUGGGUGCACUCACACUCAAGUGAGAUACAGAAGAGUUACUUGCACGCGAAAGAGUGAACUACUCUCUCCUCGUUUUUCUUUGAGAAAGGAAAAGACUUCUUGAGAGAUCGGGGCAAGUAUCGACCAGCGGGGAGCAUAAAUCACUGGGAUCAGAGAUAACGAUGUGGGGGAGGAACAAAAAUAACAUGAAUGUCACGAAAUGGUAUCCGUGACUUCAUCUGGAGCGAGUGAAAAGUGAUCAUUAAAAGCAUGCUUUAAAUUUAUUUAUAAAAGUGCGUUUAUAAAGUAUUUAUUCUUGUUUUAUCUCUUGCUACAGUAAAAUGUGAUGUUCAUGCUAUCGGAAAGCGACAGACAAGGAAAACGACUGGAGAAGAAAUUUAACCUCCUGAGUGCUGAAAACAGUUUAAAGAUUGUGUGUUAUGCCUUGUAGUAAUAAAUGUAGAUGUCUAACACACCUUACACUGA